ACAUGGUUCUGGGAGCAGAGGGCACUUCAGCGUUGGAAGGAAGAGCUUCAUGGAAAUGCGAAUCAGAAACAGCGGACUUUAUUUCUGUACAUAAAACUUGUGUAACCUGUGAGACGAGCAGAGGAUCUCCGGGGAAUACUCAUCAUACAUCAUCAGGCUGAAAGAAUGAAGUACACCAGCACAAGAGGAGCCGCGUCUGGCGUGGGGUUUGAAGAGGUUCUGUUUUCUGGGUUUGCAGCAGAUGAUGGUCUGUAUAUGCCGGAGGAGAUCCCGAAGCUGGAUGAGCAGACUAUGAGAUCAUGGAGCUCUCUCUCCUACAAGGAAUUGGUGAAGGAAGUGUGCUCUCUCUUUAUUCCUUCUGAGCUCAUUCCCAGGAAUGAUCUACAUAGUCUGAUCGACAAAGCUUUACUCCGCUUCAGACACCAAGACAUAGUUCCAAUCGCCAGGCUGGAAAAUGGGUUGAAUGUGAUGGAGAUGUGGCAUGGUCCAACAUACGCUUUUAAAGACCUCGCCAUGUCCUGUGUGGGACAGUUUCUGGAUUACUUUCUGAAGAAAAACAAUCGACAUGUGAACAUCCUGGUUGCAACAUCUGGAGACACAGGAAGUGCUGCAAUUGAGGGUGUUCGAGAAAAUCGGAAUAUUGAUAUUAUUGUUCUGUAUCCAAUUGGACGCUGUACUAAGAUCCAGGAGCUGCAGAUGAUCACCGUGUUUGAAGACAACGUUCAUCUGUUAGGGGUUGAAGGAACAUCGGAUGAGCUGGAUGUACCUGUAAGAAAACUCUUCACAGACACAAGUUUUGCAAGCAAGCAUAAUUUAAUGAGCAUUAACUCUGUAAACUGGUCUCGAGUGAUGGUCCAGAUAGCCCAUUUCAUCUAUGGGUACUUCCGAUGUGCCCCAGCAUCACAGGAAGACACACUGCCCCCUGUGGAGAUAGUUGUACCUACAGGCGGAGCUGGGAAUAUUACAGCGGGCGUCAUCGCUCAGAAGAUGGGACUGCCCAUCCAGCUGGUUGCUGCUGUAAAUAAAAAUGAUAUCAUUCACAGAGCCGUUCAACACGGAGACUUUUCAUUAGGAGAUUCAGAGAUGACGUUGGCUUCUGCAAUGGAUAUCCAGGAGCCUUACAACAUGGAAAGGAUAUUGUGGCUACUUGCUGAUGGGGACAGUGGAAAAAUUAAAGCCAUGAUGGAAGAAUUCAACGCUAAGAAACAGCUCAGAUUACCAGCAGAGCUUCACAAAAAGCUGCAGGGAGUGAUGACCUCCUGCUCGGUUAAGGACGAAGACAUUAUAAGGACGAUUAAACAUUGCUGGGAGGAGAACCAUUACCAGCUCUGCCCCCACUCUGCGGUUGGGGUGUCUUACCAUUACCAACAAACCGACAGCAAACAGAACAAGCCCCGAUGUUGUCUGGCUCCGGCUUCAGCUGCUAAAUUUCCAGAAGUCAUUCUCCAAGCCGAUCUCACCCCCGAUCCCCCAGCUGACAUCCAGGCUUUGUGGAAGAAAGAUUGCAGCUAUUUGCAUGUGACGAGAGAAGACGACUGGGAAAAAAUACUCAGAGAAAAAAUUCAAAUCAUUGACAGCUAAGACUGAACAAUGGAAGGGAAUCUAUUAUUCUGCUAAAUGUAACUACUUAUUGAACAACAUAAUUUCCUCGAAGUAUGUGGAAAAAAAUUAGUUAUACAGGAAAAAUAAACACAAUGGAUAAUAAAG